GAGUGGAGGAUGGCCUACGCUUCACAAGUCCACGAAAUGGUUAAUCGCAAAGCUGCAGUGAAGCUGUCCAAAGAAGCUCUGCAGAGCUGGACCGGGCCGGUGCUGAAAUAGAAGCUUUCGCCAUAACAAGAGUGAAUAUCGGAGACAAACCAGCUGGUUGCAUAGCCCAAGAAGCCAUGCGGGAGACCGACAACUUGCCUCCAUUUAGACACUUCAAAGAAAAGAAACAUGUGCUGGAGGAAGAUGUCUGUGUUGAUGACAUCCUGACCUCACACAACAACCUCGACCAUCUGAAACUCGAUCCUUAAAGCUGGAGGAUUGGGUCUACUCAAAUCAAAGUGGGAGGAAAGAGCCAAGUGGUAGAAACACAGAGUCCAAGAAGACAGUGAUCCUGCCCUACACCACUGAAGAUGACAAGCUACAUGUCAUGGUUGCUGUGAACUUUUCUAAGAAAAAAAAGAAAAUGCGCCUUGGUCAGAACUUACUGAGAGAAGAAGUAAGACACCAAACCCCAGACCCACUCACUAGAAGGGAACUAUUAAGCCAAGUCUCUGGUCUCUAUGAUCUGCUCGGUCUUGUGGCUCCUGCAAAGCAGAAGGGAGCCAUCCUGCUCCUAAGAGCUUUUCAAGAAGCAAAAGUAAUUUACUAUGGAAGAGACACCUGGGAUGCAGCCUUGUCCAAAGAGCUCAGAGAAGAUGCCAUAAAACUCCUUGAAGAGUAUGCUGUCCUGAGCCAACUCAGAUUCAUCCGACCCCUGACUCCACCAGAUCCAUGUGCAGGACCAAGUGGUAUCACCUUUUCUGAUGGCAGUGAGCAUGCAUAAGGUGCUGUGCUGUAUCUACGCUGGAGCUGCAGCCAUGGUGUCGUCAUAAGGCUGGUCGAGUCCGAGGCCAAACUGACUCCUCUCAACAGCAAGGGUGACCCUGUGAAGGCAGAGAUGUGUGGAGCAGUCUUUGCAGCCAGACUUAAGAACUAUUUCCAGAAACACUGCCAAAUCGAAGUUGAGAGGUGGUAUCAUCUCAUCGACAGUCAGACCGUCUUAGGCGCCAUACAGCGAGAGCGUUACGGCUACCAGACCUUUUUCGAGAACCGAGUUGGCGAGAUCCAGAAGAGCAAUGACGUUCGAGAUUGGUGGUGGAUCCCAAGGCCGGUAAACAUCGCGGAUAUUGUCACCAGAGGGGCCGGUCCUGAUGACUUAACUGAGGAGUCUGAGUGGCAGUUGGGUCCAAAGUUUCUUAGACUCUCUGAGAGUGAGUGGCCAAAGAAAUCCGCCAAAGAUGUCGCUUCACAAGCAAGAGACAGUAUCAAAAAAAUACUAAAGAAAACAUUUGUUGCAGUAUUCACCCAAAGACAACUGAAAGAGCAAGACCCAGUCAUGAUACAGAAGGCGGAGUCCAAGUGUAGAAGACCUCCUGCAGUAGCAGCAGUCCAGAAGCUGGUGGACGAAAGGCGCUUCAGCAGUCUAAGGCAGCUGGUCGGGACGAUAGCAUGGAUUUGGAGAGCAGCAAAAAAGUUCCUGCAUGCCAAGAUUGGAGAUAAAGAAAAGUGGGAGGCAGUACCUUCAUCUGCUGUCAUUACAGUCAAUGAAAGAGAGGAUGUGUUCCGAGAUCUAUGCCUGGCAGCACAAGAGGACGUACACUUUCCAACUACAACAACUGAUAGACUGGUUGUCUACAGAGAUGGAACUACUGGGCUCCUGAUGUGUGGUGGUUGGUUUCAGACCUUCAGAAAGGGCUACAGAGCCAUUCCCCUGCUACCUUUGCAGGCCUGGAUCUCUACCCUUCUAACCAGAACAGCACACAGUGAAGGACACGACAGAGUGACAGGAACUUUUCUGCGGAUGCGAAAGAAAGCAUGGGUCAUCAAAGGAAGGAUUAUUGCCCAAAGAGUCGUUGAUAAGUGUGUGGUCUGCAAAAAGUCAAAGGCAAGAACCUGUCGCUGGAAGAGGCCUUCUUAAUUAGAACGGGUUAAACGAGUACCCAGUCAUCCUGAUGCUCCUUGAUGUUACAGCGAAUGAUGGACAGAGGAUUGGGACCCUCAUUGAUCUGGCAUCAGACACACACUACAUCACACAAAGAGCUGCAAGAAAGUUGAACCUUAGAAGAGAAGAUGUGACGCUGGUGGUCCAUGGUGUCCUGGGGGUGAAGGUGUCUGUUGCAACUAAACGCUACCUUCUCAAGAUACAUGUCAACACUCAAAGAGGAACUCUCAAAGCUCAUCAGCUGAUUUGCUAUGGACUUGAUGAAAUAGCAGAAGUUCACAGACAUGUUCCAGCCACUAAGUUACAGAAGAUUUUCCCAGAUGUUCCCCUCAAAGACCUCACAAGACCCAUAGAAAUACAACUCCUAAUCAGCCACAAAGAAGGCCAAUUAGUACCCCAGAAAGUCCGUUCUGUCGGUGAACGCUUGGCAAGACCAUUGGAGGCACGCAUCCAGACCUCUUCGAAGAAGUUAGCUUAAUGGCCCAUAUGUCAAAAACACAUUUCACAAGAUCCAUGAGAACUGCAGCAGUCAAGAACAGUGAACUCACCUGUAAAGAUCCAGUCUCCUCCCAGCCUCCUGACCAUCCCGGCGUCCAGUCCAAUACAGCUGCUAGCAGCAGACACUUUCUGAAGUUCUGGGAGUGGGAAAGCAGUGGAGUCGCCUGUGAGCCAAAAUGUGGAGGAUGUCGCUGUGGGAAUUGCCAACCUGGAGGGAAAGAAAUGACACUGGCUGAAGAAAGAGAUGGCUUGACAUAUGUGAACGGAGAUCACCAUAGCCCUGAACCACACUGGCACGCCAAGUAUCCGUGGAGAGAAGAUCCAGCAUCUCUACCCAACAGGAGAGCAGUAGGAGCCACAUUUCUCAGAACGGAACAACAGCUGGCGAAGGAACCAGAGUGGAGGAUGGCCUACGCUUCACAAGUCCACGAAAUGGUUAAUCACAAAGCUGCAGUGAAGCUGUCCAAAGAAGCUCUGCAGAGCUGGACCGGGCCGGUGCUGAAAUAGAAGCUUUCGCCAUAACAAGAGUGAAUAUCGGAGACAAACCAGCUGGUUGCAUAGCCCAAGAAGCCAUGCGGGAGACCGACAACUUGCCUCCAUUUAGACACUUCAAAGAAAAGAAACAUGUGCUGGAGGAAGAUGUCUGUGUUGAUGACAUCCUGACCUCACACAACAACCUCGACCAUCUGAAACUCGAUCCUUAAAGCUGGAGGAUUGGGUCUACUCAGAUCAAAGUGGGAGGAAAGAGCCAAGUGGUAGAAACACAGUCGAUGAAGACAGUGAUCCUGCCCUACACCAUUGAAGAUGACAAGCUACAUGUCGUGGUUGCUGUGAACUUCUCUAAGAAAAAAAAGAAAAUGCGCCUUGGUCAGAACUUACUGAGAGAAGAAGUAAGACACCAAACCCCAGACCCACUCACUAGAAGGGAACUGUUAAGCCAAGUCUCUGGUCUCUAUGAUUCGCUCGGCCUUGUGGCUCCUGCAAAGCAGAAGGGAGCCAUCCUGCUCCUAAGAGCUUUUCAAGAAGCAAAAGUAAUUUACUACGGAAGAGACACCUGGGAUGCUGCCUUGUCCAAAGAGCUCAGAGAAGAUGCCAUAAAACUCCUUGAAGAGUAUGCUGUCCUGAGCCAACUCAGAUUCAUCCGACCCCUGACUCCACCAGAUCCAUGUGCAGGACCAAGUGGUAUCACCUUUUCUGAUGGCAGUGAGCACGCAUAAGGUGCUGUGCUGUAUCUACGCUGGAGCUGCAGCCAUGGUGUCGUCGUAAGGCUGGUCGAGUCCAAGGGCAAACUGACUCCUCUCAACAGCAAGGGUGACCCUGUGAAGGCAGAGAUGUGUGGAGCAGUCUUUGCAGCCAGACUUAAGAACUACAUCAGUUAUCCUGAUGCUCCUUGAUGUUACAGCGAAUGAUGAACAGAGGAUCAGGACCCUCAUUGAUCUGGCAUCAGACACAAACUACAUCACACAAAGAGCUGCAAGAAAAUUGAACCUUAGAAGUGAAGAUGUGACGCUGGUGGUCCAUGGUGUCCUGGGGGUGAAGGUGUCUGUUGCAACUAAACGCUACCUUCUCAAGAUACAUGUCAACACUCAAAGAGGGACUCUCAAAGCUCAUCAGCUGAUUUGCUAUGGACUUGAUGAAAUAGCAGAAGUUCACAGACAUGUUCCAGCCACUAAGUUACAGAAGAUUUUCCCAGAUGUUCCCCUCAAAGACCUCACAAGACCCAGAGAAAUACAACUCCUAAUCAGCCACAAAGAAGGCCAAUUAGUACCCCAGAAAGUCUGUUCUGUCGGUGACUUGGUACUCUGGGAUGGUCCACUUGGCAAGACCAUUGGAGGCACGCAUCCAGACCUCUUCGAAGAAGAGGGAUGAUGUCAAGAGGAGAGUGAGCAUGAAAGUAUGGGGCGUGCUUUUCUGCUGUAUGUCAAGUCGAGCCAUCCAUGUCGAACUGGCAAACACACUAUCGACCGAGAGCUUCCUACUCGCUUACCAGAGGUUCACUUCUAUCCGAGGCCAUCCCCAGAAAGUCUGGUUCGAUCCAGGUACAAAUUUUAGUGGGGCAAAACCUGUACUGGAAGAUAUGUACACCUAUCUGAGUCAACAGAACAAAGUGUCACUUGAAGAAUAUGCCGCCAGAAAUGGGACCUAUUGGACAUGGAGAAUCCUUCCAGCCGAUUCACCUCACCGAAAUGGUGCAGCCAAAGCUGCUGUCAAGAUCACCAAAAGAGCUCUCCAGAGUCUUGUUAGAGGAGAAGGCUUUACCUUCAGCGAAUUCCUGACUGUGCUCAAGCUAGCUGCCAACCUAGCCAAUGAGAGACCUAUCGAUGCCAGAGUCCAGAGCUGUGAACACCGCGUCGAAUACAUCACUUGAAACACCCUGUUGCUUGGUCGAGCCACACAGAGCGGAGAUUUGUUCAUUGUCUGGCUUUGCUUUGGGGGUUUAAAUGAAACCAUGUGAGAGGUUUAGGCAGACAGAACUGCUGAUCACUUAAAUACAUGUGAAACAUGACGAAGGGCCUCAGUUGGCCCGUUGGCCCAUCAAGGGGGAAGAUAAAGACUGUGACAGACAGUACUGUGAGCACUGCUGAUUACAAUAUGUAGUCAAAUUCUAGUUUCUGACCUCUCAGCAAGAAUCUGAGUACCGCACAACACAUCUGUGCAUCAGUAUCCUCGCUGUUGUAAGACACACAAAGGUCAGCACACAGUGUGUCAGCAUGGCACAGUACUACAAAGACAUGUUGGAUGGUUGUUUUUCUAUGCAGCCACAAGGCCGCAAAUGUGCAAAAUUAAAGUUGUCCUGGGGUUGAAUCCUUGAAGUCUGUCACUGAAAUGAGACAAGGAGCCAGCAUUGGGUCAGACAGUGAAAUUACACCCCAUAGAAUACUGUCAGUACCAGUAGUCUGGAAGAUAAAUUUUGAGUCAAGAAUAGCAACAAGAAGAGCAGGAGUCAUUUUCAUAUCAUAAAUUAGAGAAGUUCAAAGGAUGGGUUUUUGGUAAUUUAACAAUAUGCUUCACACAGCAGCCACAGUGUACCCAAGACUGAUUCAGUAUUAGCAUUACCAACAGUGAUCUCUUUUUAAUGAACCAAAAAAAAUACAAAAGUAUUAGUUGUUUUAAAAGAUUACAUAAACAGAUGUCUACUGGAGAGCUGUGUUUUAAUUAAGAUGAAGUGACAUGCUCCUUUCUCUGCAGCUUUCUGCCACUUUAUUGGCAAACCACCCACUUGUUUUGGUAAGAAAUAUCCUCCCACAGUUCAAAUUACCCUCCUACAAAUCUUCAAACACACUGGGUUUGUUUAGAAAUGUUGCUUUCUUUAUGUAGGAAAUCGCAGUGGUUUGUAAUAAAAGAGCCCUCGGAUUAAAAUCAUGUCACAUAAUGUGGGACCGUGGCUUUUCCGUUUCAGUUUGCGUUGCAGAGUUUUCUGUGACGCGUGUACUUAGUGACAUUCAUGUAAAAGACUGCAGGAAACUCUGACCUCUCCUGGCUGCCAGCUGGCAUUGCAUUUGAUUUCGUUAAACUUUUUAUUAUCAUCACCAAAUGUGACUGACAAGUUAGUUUUCCCUGUGUUUCGUAAUGCAUUCUUUUCUUUUCUUUCAUCGUCAUCAUCAACAAAAACCUCAAGAUGCUGAGGAGGAAACUGAGAUGCACAAGCAAACCAUGACUCACAAGGACAAUGUGGUUUGUCAGCAGCAGCUUAAAGUGACCUAAACAAGCUGUAAAAUAUUUUGGCCGACGAGUCACCCGCAUUUGUUUUCUCAUCACCUAUCCUUUAAAAUAAAUAUGUUCCUUUUGGAAGCAGAGGUCGCAUUCUGUGUGUGUGUGUGUGUGUGUGAGAGAGAGAGAGAGAGAGUCCAUUUUGGCAAUCUUACAUAUAAAACCAAACUGUGUAUAUAUGACUUUUGCGGGGGUGUGUAUCUCUGUGGGUGUGUGAUACAUGAUUCUCGAACCAAUCACAUAUCCACGUCACAAUAAGGACCGGAUCUAUAAAGCGAGUGUGUAUUUCUGUAUAUAUGUGUCAGAGAGAGAAGAGUGACUGAGUAACUUAAGUUGCCUGAUACUGCGAUCAGUGAAGAAAGAAAUAUGAAGACUUUGGCCAUCCUGGUUCUCUGCUCUCUGGCAGCCAUCUGUCUGACUUCAGACGCCUCCACCGGCUCCCAGCCUGCCAGUGACAACCCUGCUCAGGAGGGUCUGUUUGUGGAGAGGGAUGAGGCCUCCACAGUGGUGAGACAGAAGAGAGCUGCUGGAGAGUUAUCCCUGACACAGCUGGAGAGUCUGAGAGAAGUGUGUGAGGCCAACCUGGCUUGUGAGGACAUGAUGGACACUGCGGGAAUCAUCGCUGCCUACACCGCCUACUAUGGACCAAUCCCCUACUAGAAGCCAAACCAACUGAAUGCUCAUCACAGCUGUUUUUAUUAUCUGUAGUAUUGGAGUAUUAUCCCCUUUGAGCUCUAUGUUUUCCUUUCUUUGCAGUUAAGCCAAAAAGCAUGAGAAAACAUGUCUGAAUGUAUGACACCAUGUUACACAAAUUAAACAGUGAGAGAUGUGGAGCAGGAGGAACACUAUUUGCAUGUGGAUUUAUUUUUCCAUCCUGCAUGGGCCCAGAGAAUUGUCUGUAAAAUAUUAUAAUUUCUGUAACCUGUAGAGUAGUGUGAUGAAACUAAAUAAAGAUAAAUAAAACUCUGUGCGCUGUAUGUGUGCUCUGUUAUAAGACCUAAUCUUGGAUUCUGGAUAAGUGAACAUAAUAUUAAUUCUGCAACCUACUGCUUUGGCAAGGUACGACCACUAGAUGUCGCUGCGGUGACAUCCAAUGAUGUGAAGAGUCCCGCAGAAGUCACAGUAAAAGAGCUUUUAAUUUUAUGUUGUGUGUACAAUUAAGAGCUUACAAGGCACUGUAAUUCAAGCAAUGCAGAUACAAUGAAAGUGUCGUCGGAAACCCCAGCCUAAGAAUUUCUUCCUCUUCAGCGAUGUUCUUGUGUACGGCAGCGUCAUUCUGAACGGCCGCUUUCACAAAAACCAGAAGAUAAGCGUUUGUCACUGCUUUGGUGUUGUCUUUUUUAAAGCUUUGUAUUAUUUACAUGAUUUAAUACAUCUUAUGGCUAUUAAUCCACUCAAAUAGAAAAG